UGUCCCUUUACAUAAACGCAAAGCAAGAACAUAAAAAUGUCUGUCACCACUCGCCUUCUAAAUGCCCACGCCGCCACCAGACUCUCGUCUUCGCUUCCCUCCUCUGCUUCUCCUCGCUAUUCUCACUUUCUCUCUACCCAAUUUGCCUCUCCUUCUCUCAUUCAAUUCCCUCUAACUCUUAAACCUUCGUCUACCUCUUCGUUCUCUAGGGUAUUUUCGUCUUCUCCAUCUGCAAUCACCGCUACUUCCACCAUGGGUGAGGCUCCAGAUGUCGGCAUGGAUGCUGUCCAGAAACGCCUCAUGUUCGACGAUGAAUGCAUUUUAGUAGAUGAGAACGAUGGUGUUGUUGGUCAUGCUUCCAAAUAUAAUUGUCAUUUGUGGGAAAAUAUUUUGAAGGGGAACGCAUUACAUAGAGCUUUUAGCGUAUUUCUCUUCAACUCAAAAUAUGAGCUACUCCUUCAGCAACGCUCUGGGACAAAGGUGACAUUCCCGCUUGUAUGGACAAACACUUGCUGUAGUCAUCCUCUGUACCGUGAAUCUGAGCUUAUUGAUGAGGAUGCUCUUGGUGUGAGAAAUGCUGCACAAAGGAAGCUUUUCGAUGAGCUUGGUAUCCCUGCUGAAGAUGUUCCAGUUGAUCAUUUUACUCCACUAGGACGUAUACUAUAUAAGGCGUCCUCCGAUGGAAAGUGGGGAGAGCAUGAACUUGAUUAUCUGCUCUUUAUAGUCCGUGAUGUUAAUGUAAAUCCAAACCCUGAUGAGGUAGCUGAUGUAAAGUAUGUUAACCGGGAUCAGUUGAAGGAGCUCUUGAGGAAGGCGGAUUCUGGCGAGGAAGAUUUUCAAGUAAUGCCACUUGGAGUGGUAGAUUCGGUGCAAUUUUGUCAGUGUCAAACUAAAAUCCAAAGUUGAGAUCUGUUUAUGUGGAAAAGGAAACAUGAGAUCUGUUUGUGCUCAGGGGGUUUUAGAUGUUCUUCCCCAUGAAAGUGCUGAAGGUGUUGCUAUGUGAGUUGCAUUUAUGUUUGCUGGAAGGCUUGGUUUUAUCUCUGUUGUUUUAGAAAGUGAUUCUCUCCAGCUUGCUUUGAUUCUGGCAGCUUCUUCUAAUCCCAUUCCUUGGGAGCUAGAAGCUAUUGUUCAUGAUAUCCAGAAUUUUUGUACUUCCUAUCCAGAAUGGUCAAUCAAGUUUGUUCCCAGGAAAGCUAAUUGUUGUGCUCACUGGAUUGCAGUAAUGUUAGAGACAGUUUACUUUUCCCAGGCUGGAACUUGUUUCCUCCUGCUAAGCUUUCUGAGUUAAUAGAUAAGGAUAGGUUGUAUGAAGGUUUCUUGUCAUGAAUGAUAUUCAUCCAUUGACAAAAUAAUGCACUAUUAUAUUAAAAGUUUUUAUUUAUUUAUUUA